AGGCAGGAGCGUUUUUGUGGCUGGCGAUGGAAGUUACAGAUGCGUCCAAAUUAUAAAGGCAGUGCUGGCCUAACUUGACAGUUUCACUAUUCAAGCUCUUGCAGGAUACGUCCAUAUGUUCAAGUGGCACGGCAACCAUUGGUCUCCCGUGACUCCAUGAUUUUGUUUUAAUUGGAGGCAAAAUGCCAGCAUAAUUAUAAGUCUGGAAUAAAGAACUGUGAAGUCAUGAUGGAUGUUGGAAAGUGGCCAAUAUUUACUUUGCUUUCGCCACAAGAAAUAUCAACCAUCCGAAAAGCAUGUGUGUUUGGAACAUCUGCCAAUGAAGCGAUAUACAUCACCCACAGUGAUGAGGUAUUUGUAUUUGGAUUAAACUGUAGUAAUUGUUUGGGAACUGGAGAUAACCAGAGUACCAUUGUACCAAAGAAACUUGAAACUUUAUGCGGAAAGAGGAUUCGCAGCCUCAGUUAUGGAAGUGGACCACAUGUAAUACUUAGUACAGAAGAUGGUGAAGUUUAUGCCUGGGGACAUAAUGGAUACAGUCAACUUGGAAAUGGGACCACCAAUCAGGGUGUUACACCCAUUCAAAUCUGUACCAAUUUGCUAAUUAAGAAAGUAAUUGAAGUAGCUUGUGGCUCCCAUCAUUCUAUAGCACUAUCAUCUGAUGGAGAUGUGUAUGCCUGGGGCUAUAACAACUGUGGACAAGUUGGGUCAGGCUCCACGGCAAACCAGCCCACUCCCCGCAAGGUUUCCAACUGUCUGCAGACGAAGGUGGUGGUCGGCGUUGCAUGUGGCCAAACCUCUUCCAUAGCUGUAGUGGACAAUGGUGAGGUAUAUGGCUGGGGUUACAAUGGCAAUGGUCAACUAGGUCUGGGAAACAAUGGCAACCAGCUAACCCCAUGCCGAGUGGCUGCACUACAAGGUCUCUGUGUAAUGCAGGUUGCCUGUGGCUAUGCACACACAAUGGUGUUAACGGAUGAGGGCUUGCUCUACGCCUGGGGAGCAAACACUUAUGGGCAGCUGGGAACUGGCAGUAAAAGCAACCAGCUAAGCCCAGUGCAGAUCAUGAUGGAAAAGGAGAGAGUAGUAGAGAUUGCAGCUUGCCAUUCUGCUCACACUUCUGCUGCCAAGACACAGAGUGGCCUGGUAUACAUGUGGGGUCAGUGCCGGGGGCAAUCGGUGGUUCUUCCCCAUGUAACCCACUUUUCCUGCACUGAUGAUGUGUUUGCUUGCUUUUCCACUCCUGCUGUGAUGUGGCGUCUACUCUCAGUAGAGCAUGAGGACUUCUUAACAGUGACAGAGUCCCUGAAGAGAGAAUUUGAUAGCCCUGAAACCUCGGAUCUAAAAUUUAGAGUAGAUGGAAAAUUCAUUUAUGUACAUAAAGCUGUCUUGAAAAUCAGAUGUGAGCAUUUCCGUACUAUGUUCCAGUCCUAUUGGAAUGAAGACAUGAAGGAGGUGAUAGAAAUUGACCAGUUUUCCUACCCGGUAUACCGUGCUUUUCUGGAGUAUCUCUACACAGACAGCGUUGAUCUGCCACCUGAAGACGCGAUAGGGCUUCUGGAUUUGGCUACAUCAUAUUGCGAAAACAGACUGAAAAAACUCUGUCAGCAUCUUAUCAAAAGAGGGAUCACUGUGGAGAACGCUUUCUCCUUGCUCUCUGCAGCUGUUCGCUACGAUGCAGAGGAUUUAGAAGAAUUCUGCUUUAAGUUUUGUGUCAAUCACUUGACUGAAGUCACCCAGACUGCAGCAUUUUGGCAAAUGGAUGGUUCUCUGCUAAAGGAAUUCAUUGCUAAAGCCAGUAAAUAUGGAGCCUUUAAGAACUGAAUGGAUGUUGCAGCCAUAGCUGGUGUGAUUUCAUGGCCAUGCUGUAUAAAAAACACUUGUCCAGCAGUUGUUUUUAAAGGAGUUCCAAAUCAAAGAAUGGAAGAUUUGAUUUUAAGUUGCUCUAGAUAGCUGGAUGCUUCUACAAAGUUUUGAACAACUUUGGAAAGAAUAAGAUGGAAGGAACUGAAGGAGGGUGAAGAGAAGACUAUGAUCGAUCUUUCAGAAGUUGGGCUUGCUCAGUUGUUAAUCUAUGUGGUGUAAUUUAGUGAUUUCAGGGUCUCUUACUGAUUUUUGCUGGCACUAAAAUGCUUCACCACCUGGAACUAUGUAGCAGCAGUGUGAGAAGGAAGUAUUUUUGCCUUUUUGUCUGUUCCAUUUGCACGCACAUGAAGGAAGCUUGCAGGACCUGCCAGUAACGAAGGACUUGUCUGUGAAACAAUUAUGUAUUGAAUCUGUUGAACUAUGUCUCUUAAAAAGACUUGAAGAAUCAGUUAUAUGGUGUCUCAAAAUCUAUUUGGAAUUAAAUUAUUGCCUCCACAGCUUUUUGACAUAUAAGCUGUGACAGGCAGCCUCGUUGUAGAGAUUUAAAGUUGUUAAAAGCAGAAUACUCUCGGAAAAUAUUUUGCAUUUAAAUUAUGUAUGAAUUCUGUACAUUUUCUGUGUGUAAAAUGUGUGUUCUAAAUGUAUCCCAUUAAAAUAAUGCAUAAAAUUA